AUGGAUUCUUUGUCGGAAGAUCCGAAUAAUUUGAAACGAUCUAUUUUCUCAGAUGAAUGUCUUCGCGAUUGCCAGUCGGCGAAGAUGUCCCGUACGGGAAGUGAACCAGUGUUUGGGCUGAAGCCACGGAAUUGUCCUACAGAUGAUGUGGAUCGCUGGACGAAGUUACUUGCAUCGCAGCUCGACACUUUUCGAGAGUCGUUGGAAUGUGUUAAAACUGAUGAACGAGAUGUUAACAGCAUUAGGCAUAGCUCAUCGUUGGAAGAAUCUCCGUCGUUGAAUCAACUUCUAACCGACUUUCAUUUGGAAUCUGCCGAAAGCGGAAGUUGUACAUCUUCAGCCUCAGCGUCAUCGGCAAUGUCAAUAUGUUCAGAGAGUGGCUCUAGUGUAAUUUCGUUACCAGAUCGAAGUCCUACAAGGCAGCAGCCAACAAGACGGGCACCUGAUAUUCUAGGAUCGUUGAACAUCAAGGAGCUGCUCGAUGAGGGCGCAAUGAAACGAUCGUCUUCAUCCAAAGGAUACAAUGUGAAGUUGGUGAAAGAGAUUCACAUUGAAGAUGGCACGUUGGGAUACGGUUACGACCGAUUAUUCGCCGAUGCACUCGACGCUAAAUUGCGAUCGGUUUUUGUGAACGAUCCAUACAUUAAACUGAGAUCUCAGGCAGCGAACUUUGUUGUAUUUUGUGAAGUGCUGGUGGCGAACGCACUAAAUCUGAAACGAAUCGUGUUACGAACUCAAAAUGAUCCAUCAGUUAAUCAUCGUGUAUUGUUUUCACAUUUGACCAGUUCACUGUUCCAAAAUGGAAUUCAUUUGGAGAUUAAACGAAGUGAAACGAUUCAUGACCGUGAGAUUAGGUUCGAUAACGGUUGGAUUUAUCGUAUUGGGAGAGGUCUUGACUAUUUUCAUAAGCAACCACACUUAACCAUCGGUCUUUCAAAUUAUAACCUAAGACGAUGUCUUGAGACAACUGUCUGCAUAACAAAAGAAAUUUGA